AUGUUGUGUAAAGUAUUUGUUUUAAGCGCGGUGUUAGCGGUGGCCAGUGCCGGUCUUUUGGCCGCUCCAGCAGUUCACUACUCUCCAACUUCCGCGGUCUCCUCACAGAGCAUCGUGCGCCAUGAGCAGCCAAUCGCCGUAGCCGCACCCGUCGCAUACCAAUCUGCUCCAAUCGCAUACGCCUCUCCCACUCGCUACUCCUCCGCUGCCGCUGUCUCCUCACAGAACAUCGUCCGCCACCAACAGCAGAUUGCCGUAGCUGCCCCUGUUGCCUACAACACCGCUCCUCUCUCUUAUGCCACACCUCUAUCUUACGCUGCUCCCGCUCGUUACUCAUCUGCUGCCGCAGUCUCCUCUCAGAACAUCGUCCGUCACCAACAGCCCAUUGCCUACAACGCCGCUCCUCUCUCUUAUGCCACACCUCUUUCUUACGCUGCUCCCGCUCGUUACUCAUCUGCUGCCGCAGUCUCCUCUCAGAACAUCGUCCGCCACCAACAGCGCAUUGCCUACAACGCCGCUCCUCUCUCUUAUGCCUCACCUCUCUCAUACGCUGCUCCCGCUCGCUACUCAUCUGCCGUCUCCUCCCAGAACAUCGUUAGUCACGGACAGGCUAUUGCUCCCGCACGUCUGGCCUACCAAGCUGCCCCUGCUGUAGUCGCUCCAGUCGUCCACGCUGCUCCCCUUAUCCACGCUGCCCCAGCCCGCGCCAUCAUCGCCCAACACGAAGAAUACGACGCACACCCCAGCUACGACUUCGCCUACUCCGUAGCCGACGGCCACACCGGUGAUAACAAGUCCCAGCAUGAGAGCCGCGACGGAGAUGUUGUACGUGGUGAAUACUCCCUGGUUGAAGCUGACGGCUCAAUCCGCCGCGUUGAGUACUCCGCUGAUGACCACAAUGGCUUCAACGCUGUCGUCAGCAACUCUGCACCCGCUCACACUCAGACAAUCCGCGGACACUGA